CCCGGCUCCAGCGCUGCCCCCGGGCCGUGCCAGGCCUGUGCCAGGGGGUUCCUGCUGCGGAGGCGGCUCCGGAGCCUGCGGGAGGAGUUCGAGGCCGUGGUGCUGGAGAUCGAGGGGGACCUGGGGCAGCUGCACUGGACCGGCCGCGUUCUGCAGCGGCCGCACUUCGGGCCCGAGCCCUCCCCAGGGAAGCCCUUGGAUCCAGGGGAGCCUGCAGAGAAUGAAACCAUUCCCAAAAAAAUCCCGGAGAAGCCGGAUCCCCCUGGAGCAGAGCGGGCUGGGAGCUGUGGGAACAUCCCCCCCUCAGCCCCUCUGCCCAGGGGCACAACCCCAAAACCCCCAAAUUUGGGGUCUGGUGCUGCUAAAAACCUGGAAAAGGAGGGAAGAGCCCUGGCAGGGAGCCAGGAGUGGGACAACGACAGCGUGGACUCAGAAUGGGACAGCAGUGACCUCGGAGCCAGCCCAGAAAUCCCAGCGGAUCUGCAGGGCCUUCCGCGCUCGGAGCUGCAAUCCCACAGGAACCAUCUCCUGAUGGAGCUGCUGUGGAUCCAACAGGCCAUUGCCAGCAGGAAACAUUUCCUGAUGCUGAAACGGAAGCUGGGAAUUCCCGACCACUCCAGAAACAUUCCCGAGUUCCUGGAUUGGUUUGGAGAAGCCCUGGAGCUGCAGCACCAGUCCUGAUGUGACAGUGACAGCUCAGGGGGAGCUCCAGGAGGUUUUUCAUUCCGGAAAAACGUGGGAAGAAAAACUUUUUUGUGGAUAUUUGGUCCAAGCAGGAUUAAACAUCAUCAAAGGGU